AUGGCCCGUGUCCUUUCCCUGUUCCGGCCUCAGCCUACUCUUGCCCUUGUGGGCAGGUGGAAGCCUGCGUUCUGCAAAAUGUCAAUGGACUCACGAGCACGGGAAGUCUUUGCAGCUGCAGUGGAAGCUGUGCAGCCAGACACUGUGGUCAGGCAGAGUGUAGAGCGCAACGAGGAUUCAAUCACUAUUGACGGUCAAAGAUUCAUGCUCAAACACAACCUGCACUUAGUGGGCUUCGGGAAGGCUGUCCUGGGCAUGGCUGCUGAGGUAGAGAGGAUUAUGGGUGAUCAUUUAGUGAGAGGAAUCAUAAGUGUCCCACAUGGGAUACAGAAGACAUUACAACAGCACGGAAAAAGCCACCUGUUGCUGAAAGAAAACAGUCGAAUCAAAGUAAUGGAAGGGGCUAAGCAUAACUUACCUGACGAUGAUGCUCAGAGAGCAGCUGAAGGCAUCAAGCAGUUAGCCAGUGAGCUGACAGAAAACGAUUUGCUGCUCGUUCUCAUUUCAGGUGGUGGCUCUGCUUUAUUACCAGCACCAAUACCUCCAAUCUCAUUGCAAGAGAAAUUCGAUGUUACCCGCAGACUUUCAGCUGCUGGUGCCACUAUUCAAGAGCUGAACAAAGUGCGUCGAUCCCUUUCUUUGUUAAAGGGUGGAGGGCUUGCACACCUUGCUUAUCCUGCACAGGUUGUUGCCCUUAUACUGUCAGAUGUAAUCGGGGACCCGCUUGACUUGAUAGCUAGUGGCCCCACAGUGAGAAGUGAGGUGUGUCCCAAAGAAGUCUUGUCCAUUCUUGAACAUUACAGGUUGCUGGAUUCCCUGCCAACUUCAGUGAAGGAUGUCCUCGUGAGAGAGAAUCCCAGGUGGAAAGACAUUAGAGAUGAAUCAGAUGCACCAGAUCUUCUUAAUGUUGUCAUUGGCUCCAACACCGUUGCCCUCAAGUAUGCGAGUCGCCGUGCUCGAGAGCUGGGUUUCCGCCCUGUUGUGCUUUCACCAGGAGUGUGCGGCGACGUGAGGUCCGUCUCCAAACUUUAUGGUCUUCUGGUUCGUUUUGCCAGUUCUCGAGAGGAACCUCCUCCAGAGCUUGCAGCUGAGAUGCUCAAGCUCGGACCUGACGUAGGGAUGGAGACCUGGGAUCUGUGUCGUACCAUGCAGGUGUUGGAUGAGGGGCGUAAAGAGGGAUGGGGGGCCACGUGUCUGUUAGCUGGAGGGGAGCCCACUGUGGAGCUGACAGGCAAAGGUCGAGGUGGUCGAAACCAGGAGCUGGCUCUGCGAGUGGGACUGGAGCUGAAAGGCCUGGAGCUCCCACCUAAGGGCCCCUUGUUUCUGAGUGGUGGCACCGACGGUCAGGAUGGUCCAACUGAGGCAGCAGGGGCCAUCACUGAUGGAGGGCUGUAUGAUGAAGCCCGGACACAAGGGCUGGAUCUUGAGAACGUCCUCAGUAACAAUGAUUCUUUCACUUUUUUUUCUCAUCUCUCAGCUGGAAAACACUUGCUUGUUCCUGGUCUAACCUGCACGAAUGUCAUGGAUGUACACAUGUUACUAAUUCCAUCCAUUCUUAUAACAAUAAGCUAAUUUGAAA